UUCAAGUGGCGCAUAAUAACAAUUGCAAUCCACACACCAGAGACCGUUUAAAAGGGUCAGUACAGCACCAUGUACGCCGUUUCGUACGUACGUUGUGUUGCAUGUAAAUCAAGUAUUUAGGUGUUAAAAAAAUCGAAUAAAAUUAAAUAUAGCAACAAAGUGAAGCAGUUGAUUACAUACACGUUGAACAGUAACUUAUUAAGUAAAAUGACAAUCGUCAGCUUAUUGAAACGACUACCAGAAGUGAACAGAUUUCAUGGGAUUAGGCAUUUAAGUACAAAGCCAAAGUUUGGUCUACUCUUUGACAUUGAUGGGGUCAUAGUUCGCGGUAAAACGGUUCUGCCUCCCGUGCCAAAAGCCUUUGACCGUCUAAGAGAUUCAGAUGGCAAAUUCCGAGUGCCGACGGUAUUUGUUACAAACAGCGGGAACGCACUGCGCAGUCAGAAAGCGAAAGACUUGUCCAAAUGGAUUGGUUACCAAGUGAAAGAGGAGCAGGUGGUGAUGGCACACUCGCCGUUGCAGAUGUUUAAACAAUUUCAUGAAAAACAAUUUUUAAUAUCAGGUCAAGGUCCAGUCAAAGAUAUAGCCAAUGAACUAGGAUUCAAGAAAACAGUAACGAUCGACGAGCUUGCCAAGAACUUUCCUUCGCUAGAUUACGUAGACUUGUCCAAAAGAAAUCCACGCUGCGGUCCGAUAGAUCCAGACUUUCCGAGAAUAGAGGGUAUCGUCAUGUUCGGAGAGCCUAAGGCUUGGGAAACUUCUUUACAAUUGAUGGUAGACCUUUUGCUGACCGACGGAAUGCCCGUUGCUUCACCUCCGGCCGUUCCUCAUCCACAUAUCCCAAUACUGGCCUGCAAUAUGGAUCUUCUGUGGGUGGCGGAGGCUCCGAUACCGAGAUACGGUCACGGUGCCUUUUUAUUAUGUCUUGAAAAUCUGUACAAAAAAGUUACCGGUAAAAAUAUGGUCUAUACCGCGCUAGUUGGCAAGCCGAGCGAAGUAACUUACCACCACGCCAAUCGCAUGAUACUAAAUCAUGCCAAAAGUAUCGGAAUCAAUCACAACAUUGAAACGAUAUACGCCGUCGGCGACAACAUAAACACGGAUGUUUUUGGGGCGAAUUUAUACGACAAGUACCUGGCUCGUUAUGCAAAUGGAAAAGGCAGUAAGUCGCGUAGCAUGGAGAAGCUGAUAGGCAACAACGGUCUGAAGCGUUGUGCUAAAGCUUGUAUAAGUAUUCUUGUCGAAACCGGAGUACACAAACGAGAUUCCGAGUUUAUAUCCGAACACAGUCCCAGAGAUUUUUUACCGGUCGAAGAUGCGCUGUGCAAACCUGCGUUCAUAGUUAACGACGUAGAGUGCGCGAUCGACUUGGCCUUCAAAGAAGAAAAGUUUGAUUGAUCUGGUGGUUAAAAUUUUAGCGUCUAAUUUCCAGAGACUUUGCAAAUUUCGACGGAGAAAAUUUUGCCUGCGAUCCAACGGAGUGCACAAUUACGAUUUUGGUAGUAACCGGAAUUUAGGAUUUGAAAUGUUGCAUGAUUCUUUGAUACGAAUCAAUUGAGUCAUGUAAAUACUGUCAUAAAUAUUAGGUGCGAGGCACGAAGCUUCAAUAUGCAUGGCAUUCGCAUUGUUGGCAAUACUAUCUAAAAAUUACUGGAAUAACAUUCAAAUUAGAGAUAGAAAUUAUUGUUCAAAUCAUUGUUUACUUGGAAGCCUUGUUUUAACAUAAAAUAUGUCUAAGACAGUUUUAUUUUGGCCAGACUUUUUCAUCAGUUUAUGCUAGAUUCGCAAGGAUCUUACGUUAUGUGCGAAAUCAACCCUAAUUUGUUACUCAUUUUUUUUUCUCAAAUUUCAGGUCUAUCGAAUGCAUGCAUAACUUGUAUCGGCGUUAUGUUAUAUAUAAAUGUUAUACGUACACUUGUACAAUGUGUACAUAAAUGAAACUUAGUCAAAGCAUAAUAGUACGUUCCUAGAUUUAAUUUUAGUAAAGAAUUUUGAUAUGAUAAAUUGGAGUAAAAGCGAGCGACGGUUUACAAAUUAAACAUUA